ACUGACCAAUCAGACUGCAGGGUUUCUAGCUCCACCUUUUAGUACCAGAUCUGUGUGCUAGGUACCCCAACAGAGGGGGGACCAAACAUGGGGACGCUAAGGAACGCUGCUGUUGCUACAGAACUGGACUGAACUGUUUGGUGGAAACGGGGCUUUAGUGCCCUUGAGCAAGACACCAAGUCACCACCAGCUCCGAGUUUUUCACAGACAUGAUGAGUGGAAUUAAAGAAGAGCUCCUGCUGUUUUCACUGUUUCUCCACCUUCAUCCUCACCCCGUCCUCUCUGCAUGUCUCCUGCUCACCAGUAGGUGGAGCUUGUCUCCUUUAGCUUGAGAGAAAUAGAGAAGGAGGGAGAGAGGGAGAUGAUUAAAGAGAGAAGAAAGACAGCAAGAGGAGGGAUGGAGGGAGGGAGAGGGAGAUGGAGAGAGGGAGGGAGGAGAGAGCAAGCGUCAGCACUCCAUGCGUUAAAAGGGCAGAUGGUAACCGCGGGUAACUGAGGAGCAAACCACUCUGCCGGCCACAGAGCAAGAGAUCAGCAAGAGGGAGAGGUAGAGGAGGAGGGAGGAGAGCGAACACAUGCAGCGCAGCAGAGGAGAGGAGAGGAGCAUCUGAGAGGAAGCUGCACGCCUGCUCUGACACAGAGGAAGACAGAGGGAGGAGAGUACUUCUUCUCCACACUAACAAGGAGGCAGACGAGGAGAGAAACAAAGACAAGAGACAGGAGAUGGGGAGAUAGUGAGAGGGAGGAAAACAAAAGUAUCCCUCCCCUCCACUUAGAGAGACACAGAGACAAAGAGGGAGGGGAAACCAAAGAGAGACUGUGAAGUGAGGAGAGGAGAGGAGAGGGAGGCAGCGGACGGGAGAUAGUUAGAGGAACUGCAAGACUGAUCAGUGAGAGGCUGAGGUUUCGGGGAAGAAAUUUCGACUCAGCAAGAAAGAGACAGGGAGAGAGAGAGAGAGAGAGAGAGAGAGAGAGAGAGAGAGAGAGAGUCAAUGACAGGGAAAGAUUGAUGAAUGAAAGAUGGGAGCAAAACAUUUGGAAGACUGAGAGAGGGAAAUAUUUAACAGGCAGACGCAGAGGGAACAUUUUUUAGAGGAAAAAAAGAAUAAAAAAAACAUUUAGACAACGACAAGAUAAGAGCGUGAGGAAGAGGAGAGGAGCGCAGGGUGAAAUAUUUAACAAGAGACAGAAGCUGUGGGGAAGAUGAGCCGAGUCAAAGAGUCACCGGCAAAAACUUAGAGAAGAGAGGGAAUAAAUCAGAGCAGCGGGGGGAGAAACUCCUCCUUUCUCUCCUCUUAUUUCCUCCGUCCCUCCUCCACUUUAUAACACAGAGGAGGAGAGCUGAGAUGAGGGGAGCGGCAGAGAGUUGAAGGAGACAGAGGAGCAAAGUCCAGAUAGAUGCUCAGAUAGAGACUCAAGCAUAUGAAUCAAAUCCAAUGGCGUGCUACUACAUUGUGAUCAGUUCCACCCACCUGCGUGACGGACAGCUGAGGAGCAUCAAGGGGGUGUUCAGAGGACCAAUAGGAACCACCGGGCAGAGAAGCACGGAGGAAGGAGACUCCAGCCUCUACUGCGAGCUGUGUGACAAGCAGUACGUGAGACACCAACAGUACGACAACCACAUCAACUCCUACGACCACCACCACAAACAGCGCCUGAAGGAGCUGAAACAGAGGGAGUUCUACAGAGCGCUGGCCUGCAGGAGGCAGAGGAGACGCAGGGAGGAGAAGAGAGAGGAGAGGGCACUGAGGAGGCUCCAUAAGCAUGGAGAGAGGAGGACGGGGGAGUGCGCUCCAGGUUCUGGUCCCAUGUUCCGGUCCACCACAGUAGCGGUCGAGCCAGCGAACCAGACGGGACCAGACUUUGUGCAGGACUGGAGCGACGUCCACACGAGCGGCUCCACGCUGGGAACAAAGCCUCAAACCCCGCUGAUCCAGCCCUUCCUUCCCCUGGACCCUGCGCUGGAAACCAGACUCCUCAGCAACACACAGUGGGCGUACGACCCAGUGGACACCAACAGCUCUACGGCUGCUGCUGCUGCUGCUGCACAAUCCUGCAUCCUCAACACAGCCCAGAUGGACUACAGCGACCUGAGCACCGCCAGCAACAUGAACACUGAUAACAAAAACACUUCAACCAAAACCAACCACUUUAACAAGCUCUCCUGGGCUCAUAAUUAUUUAAGCAGCCCCAUUACUCCCAAUAACAUCCCAACAACUGCCACGAACACCACAGCUAAUGGCUCCAUCUUCAACAAAACCACCGCGACCAACUUCAGCAAAAACACUGCCACCCCUGCCGCGCCUGCCAUUACCGCUACCGACAUCAGCAUCAGCAGCAGCAGAGCAGUGUGUGGACCAGACGUCCAGUCUGUCCGCAGCAGAGUCCGCCCUGUGUCCUUCUCGCUGCCCAAAAGGAGCUGCGUCCUCCUCCACCAAUCAGCUGCCGUCUUCAUCCAAGCUGGACGGGGCUCUGGCUUGUCGGGGAAACAAGAGGGUGUGACGGUGCAGGAAAGAGCCAAAGAUCUGAGGGAGAAAGUCGCAGAUCAGCAGCUCAAAUCUCCUGUAUCUGCAGUCGUGGACGGUGUAGGUGUGGGUCACUGGGACACUGGAAACCAGUGCAGUGUGGAAAUUAAAACUGCAAUCCAGCACUCUGAGGCUGGAGCCAAUAUGUCUACCGAGAGGGGAACUGGAGGACACUCUGGGACCGGAGCCCAGGUUUCUUUAUGUAAUCGCAAUGUGAUCAGAGUUGAGGACUCUGUUAUCAGUGGGAGUGGAGCCCAGCUCUCCUUAUGUAAUGACAAUGGGACUGGAGCCCAAGUAGGCAAUGAAAGUGGGACCGGAGCUCAUCUUUAUUUAAACAGCAGGAUACCAGGACAGAUUUCUGACACAGUUGUGACUAAAGAUUCAGAAUGCAAAGACAGCGAGGCCGAACCCCGUGACAGUGUGGAAAUUCCCACCCAAGAAUUGAAAGAUCUGCUUUGUCCCGCCACAAAUCAGCCUCAAAAAUCAAUUUCUGGUGUUUUAAAUGAGACCAAAGAGUCUUCAGUCCAAACACAGCCCAAAGAAUCAAACUCCUCUCCGUCAGACGGAGCGAAAGAAUCAACGUCUUUGCCUCUAAAUCGUCCCAAAGAGCCGUUCUGUCGCGUCCUGAGCCGAGAUGGUAGCAGGGUUCUACUCUGGCCGUCGGAGAUGGUCAGGUACACCAAGACGUCGCCCUCCAUCUCCUUCAGCAUCAACCCUCUACUGUACGACUUCAGAGCACAUAACAGGGCCAAGGAAGGGGGUGAGGAAAAGAAAGGAGGGCAGGAGGAAGGGAGGGAGAGAAUAAAGCCGCCUGUGAUCAAACAAGCCGACUGCCAACAGAGGCAGGAGGGUAUGGAGGGAGGAAGGGAGGUGAAGAUAGAUGAAAGGGAAGAAGAGGAUGAAGGAGGACAGGCAGGAAAUCCUAUGGAACUUGUAGCCCAUUGUAGCGGCGACGACGCAGUUCCAGACUGCUGCGACUGCCGUGAUGAAAGCGCUUUAAAAUUUGUUCCCGUUUCCGCGGAAUGCCACCUUGCGCCGACGCUGGGCCUUCAAAAAACAGGCAGGAGGAGGAGGAGGAGGAGGAGGGGAGGGGUGAGGAGAGGGAUGAGGAAGAGGGGGAGGAGGAAAAGAGGACAAGCGACAGAUAGAAAGGACUCAGAAAGGGGAAGGAGGAUAAUAAGCAACAUUUCUGAGAAUCAGAUGUUUGAAGGGAGAGGAGACGAGAGGUUGAAAAGAGAGGGCACCGAAAAAGAGGAGAGGAGAGAAAAAGGGCUAUUAAGUAAUCUUGCGGCGCAUCGGCUGGUAGGAGGGAGAGAAAAGAGGAUGAGGGGAGAAGAGAGAAGGAUAAGAGGAGAUCAGACAGAGCGAGAGAGGGCAGGUAGAAAUGACGAGAAGAGAGGAGAGCUAUUAAGUAAUCUUCCUGCGAAUCGGUGUAAUCGGUGUAACCAGCUGUGUCUGCAGGUGAAAAGGGAGGCCAGCCAGCAUCAAUCCCAGCAAUCAGCCUCCGGGUGGGGCCACGGGCUCAGAAAGCUCCUCUGUAGGGGUGCUGCAUGCAACUCAGUGAUUAGCCCCGUCCCUGGGUCUGUUAUAGAGACGCCACGCUGUCCUGCAAUUACGCCCGACCCCGCUCAGAAUGACAGAGAGACGGGGGAGAUGCACAAAAAUACACAAGCAGAGGAGCAGGAAGGGCACGGAGAUGAGGAGCAAAGGAAUCCGAGGAAGACGGCGAUAAGAGCUGUUCAGGACGCUAAAGAAAACGCGUGUAACCUAGUGAUUAGCGGUGUUUCUUUUCCCUGUCGAGAAGCAGCACGCGGGCCAGAAAUUUGUCUUGUUCCUACACUUCAUGGGGAAACAGCAUGUGAUCCAGCGAUUAGCCUUGUCCCUGCUCCCUUUAGAGAAACAGCGUGUAGUCAAAGACAAACAAUACCUGCAGGACACAGCCAUCCUGCGUCGGGCCCGGCCCCACGCUGCUCCGCACAACAGACAGAAAGACAGCCGAGAAUCAGAUCAGCCGGCGCAGGCAUGACCCUCCCCGCUGAUGCAAUUUCAAAAGAAGUGAUGUCGAAGAGAGCAGCAACAGCCGACAAGAGAAAGACGGAAUCGCCGGAGGCUGGGGAAACACCGAGGAAGAAACGGAGGAGGGGAAGGAGGCAAGCGAGGAGAUUCUCCUGUCUUUUGAGACGGCAAAGUGCAGCUUGCGUCGGGUUGACCGCCGACCCCACAAAACUCAACAGCAACGAGACGGAGACACUUGUGGACAACUUCCUGUGCAGUCCAGAGGGCAAGAGGACAGAGAAAAACACCAACUGCCAUUUUCUCUGCAGGACAAAACACCCUCUGUGUCAUGAAACAAAUCACAGUGAAGGAACAUUUAGCUGUAACACCACUGACAAGCUGAAUAACUACUGCCGCUGUGAUGACAGAAAAGGCGGCGACUACAACGCUGAUGACUACAGUCAGUGUAGCUCUGAUGCUUCUGGAGGCGAGGGAAAGAGGAAGUGUUUGUCCGAGAAGCCUCUCAGUGACUGUGACACCUGUAACACACCAAGUGACCACAAUGAAUGUGAUAAAACCUCCAACAGGGACGGAAAACAUGACGCCACUCGUGACAAUCCUUACGACAAAGACAAUCUGGGCUGUAGCGAGAUGAAGGAAGACGAGGGUUCUCCUGCUGACUCACCUGUGGACUCCUUUACCUGUAGCAGCAGUGACACACACGCUGACCACUGUCAAUGUGAAAUCGAGCAAACACAGAGUCACAAAACGACAGAUUUUUGUGGGCAAACUGCGGCUCAGAGUCAGAGCUCAGAGCCUAACGACUGCUGUAACUGUAAAACCAAUGACGCAUGUCAUCACGUUUGUGAUCGCAUCCAUACAACGAACAAAAGUGGGCUCGGUGAGGAGGAUGAAACCAAACCUCAGUGUCACACUCAGCUCAAAAACAACCUCUCUGAUUCAACAAUUGAUCACAAAACCUGCAGCAGUAUUGAUCACAGACAUGGAGACGGCUGUGAUGAUGUUGACGGUGGUCAGUGUGAUUAUCUGAACACUAAUCGUGUCACUGAUUGUAAUCACUGUGUUUAUGCUGCCCGUAAGAGUAGCGCAACGGAAGCUGCCGCGCUCACGAGUGUGGAGCAAAGAGACGCAGAGAGGGAGAGAAAGGAGGAGGAGGAGAAACAGAUGGAGAGGAAGAGGGUGAAGGAGAAGCAGGAAGAGUGGGAGAAGGAGUGGGUGAGGAGGAAGGAGAGAGAAAGGGAGGACAGGGAGAGAAGGAAGGAGAAAGAUUUCCACACAGAGAAGAGGCCUUGUUUUCCUCCCGCCCUCCCUCCGCAGUGCAUCCCCCUCCACGCUCCUCUCCUCCUCCCGCCCUCCCUCUCCUCCUCCUCCUUCUCCUUCCGUCACACCAUCAUCCAGCAUCACCUCUCCCUCCUCCCGCCUCCGUCGCACCUCCCCCUCCAUUCAUACCCUCCUCUUCUCCCCUCUUUCUCCCCACACCUCUCUCCUCUCACUCUCAAUCCACCUCCUGCUCCUCCACCACCGCCACCACCUCCUCCUCCUCCCCCUAUUCAUCCCUCCUUCUACUCCUCAUCACCAAUCCCUUUACUGGAUGCCCCCGGUCCGUAUCCGUUAGCAACGGCGUUUCAUCCCAUGCAGAGUCACCCCCCGCCUCUGUAUCCCCCGCCCCACCCUGCAGUGCUGCCCCUACAGGUGUUGUUCUGAAAUAUGUUUAAAAUAAGCAAAGAAAUAAACUCAUUAAAGGACAAAACUUUUUCCAGGGGAGAAGUUGUCAGCUGUGAGAAAGCAGCUUGCAUGUGUCAUUACCUGCCUACUCGAAGUGAGGAUGAAAUGCGAGGGAUAACAAUGUCAGGGAGACUCAAGUAGACAAACAAAGCCGCUCUUUCUUAAAGCCAGACCUCCGGGAGCCUCGUCACCCCGUCCAACCACUCAAAUCACUGAUUCACACAUCUAAAAAAAAAAAAACGAUGGCUAAUUAUCUUCAUCAGUGGCAAUCCUGCUUGAAAUGAGCCUCAGGUGUGCAGCCAGUGGAAUGGUGGCGGCGAUACACAGCUGGGCUCGUUUCCCUCGGCAGAAAUUAGUCGACGCUGCUGUUUUGCAUUUUAAACUGAUGAUUUGCUCGUUUUUUAAAGCAUGGUGGAAAUUUUAAACUAUGGUUUGUGACUUUAAAGGACAAAAUCCAUCCUCAGAUACCUUCAGUCUGGGAUAAUACACGCAGGACUUUCACAUUUUGUUGCCCCCUGAGGGUUUCUCCAUAGAGUCGCUGCUCUGCUUCCUCCUCCUUUCAGAUGUCAACCCAUCCUCAGAUGGAGGUUAUUAAGAGCUGAUGACCUGCGUGUCUUCCACAUAGAGGGCUGAAACAGCAUCUGGGGGUUGCCUUCCAAAAUAAACAUUAAAGGGCACCUAUGAUGCUCAGUUUCAGGUUCAGAUUUAGGGUCGGAGCAUCGACCACAGGCGGUCCCACGGCCAUAUUGAAACUGAUGGAAUUUUUGAGGGGCUGAAGAUGCUCGAAAACUAAUUUGUACACGCAUCAGAAGUGGUGAAAUGUACAUUUGAUAUGGAAAUCAUGAUUGGGUGUAAAACAUGGUGCAGUAGUGCCCCCGACAAAACUUCUACGAAGCAGCACCUGAAGCUGCUUUCGCCAACAUGUAUGAAACUAACAUCCCAAGAUGUAGAGCUGUACCCUAAACCCGACAGGAAGUCAGCCAUUUUGAAUUAAAUGUGUAAUUUUUGUGCAUUUGUGGCCAUAUUUUGGAGUACGGGGGCACUUUGGACCAUGGAAAAUCACAGCAAAAAAAAAAAAAGCUCCUAAACCAAAAUCUUCCCAACCGGCAACCAAGUUCACACGUUCCCCUGAUGUUAGCAUGUAGCUACAUGUAGCAGUGUAUGUAACGUUAACACUCGCAGUAGCCUGGAGCAGACGACCAUAGAAAGAAAUCCAUCAUGAGCUGACCUCAUGAUGGAUUCAUCCUCACUGUGACCUCGUCACAUGUCCACGUUUGGUCAUGGACUUUCCACGUCCACAUAUGACGUCCAAGGUACCCUGGGUGUGUUGGUUGUUGACGUUCUGGGACGCCGUGUCAACUUCAGCCUGUUACAUGCAUUGUCUGUUUUCAAAACACAUUUCUGUUUUCACAGGAAAUGUACAGUUUGCAUACAGUCUCUUUCAAAAUAAAAGCACUACGUCCAACACCGGUAAUUUACGUUUCUUUCCUUCCACAAAAGCACACGAUUGGUUUUAGAAAUACAGAACAGGAUUUGGCUUUACAAUCAUACAGGAAGUGAACACCGGCCUCCCAGGUGAACUCCUCCCACCUGCCCUACUCAGACUUCCACCACCUUACCUGACGUUGUUGUCCUGUUAAACAAUAACAGCGACUGUCUGCAUAUCACGCCAACAUGAAAGGACGGCUUGUUUCGUCGGUGUCUGACGCCAGAAGUCACAAAAUAAGCACUCAGGCCUAGUCCACACGGACCCGUGUACUUCUUAAACUUCCAAAAAAAAUUUGUCCACACAAUUGGUGUGAUAUCCACACGAAACUGCAAAACCCGCUACCAAGUGAUGUAAUACACAUGCCAAAGCAGUAGGUGGCGAUGUAACUUCUAACGGAAAGGCCAUUUUAACCAAUCAGAAGUCAGCGUCAAUACCAGAAUAGGGAAGUGCGGAAAAUAAAAACAACCCGACCCACAAAAAUAGCGCGACCUAAUUCAACAGCAGAGGCGCCUGAAUGACCAACUACA